CCAUAUUUCAAAAAGAUGAAACGGAUGCAUAUCUUGUUUUUUUCUUAUUACUAUAAGGUAAUAUAAAGAAAUCUUGAUGUUGAAAAAAUCAUUUUUUUGUAUUCAUGAUUUUAACAUAGAUUUAUAUUGACAAAGGUUUUCAUUUGUUUCAAUAGACAAUUAUUCUAUUAAAAUAUGCCUAGAAAAAGAUAUUCUAUCAUGCCAUUUUUUUAUCCUUUGAAAUUAUAACAAAAAAAAAAUGAGUUGAUUUUGAUCAUUUAUUUAUUCAUCAUUUUUUUUUAUAAAUGUAACUUCAUGAUAGAAGAGUAUGAAACGUUGUCUUCAUAAUAGAUCCUAUAUUUAUUGAAACUAUUAUUGAUUUAAAGAAUUUGAAUGCAAAAUGACUAUUAUGUCAGACUAAUGACAUAUUCUAAUAGUUAAUAUUUGAAUUUAGAUUCAUACAAAAUAAUGAAUUUCUAUAUUGACAAGAAAUAAACAGAUAUUUACUAUGUGAAGGACAUUGACAACCACACAUCGAAAGUUAUAUAGCAAAAAAUUUCAAUUCAUUUCUUUUGAUGUAAUUAGCUGGAACCAUUUUUCUUCCUUUUCUUCUCUUGCGCACUUUUUUCUCCUUCUGUUACUUAACAAAUAAUAUACAUUAUGGAGAGAAGAAUAUUUGAAUUGAUAUUAAAUGUCAACAUAUUGUUUUUCGUUCAAGUAAUUGUUAUAAUUAGUCUACAUUUAGGAAUCAAUAUUUGUUGUAAAAUGAUUCAAUACAAUGUUUUUAUAUUCACAUCCUAUUAAAAAGAACAGUUUCGUUAGUCGAUUUAUAAAAAAAUUUCAUAUAUGUCAAAUGCCGCUAAUGCAAAAUUUCAGUACAUUUUCUUUCUCUUUUAUUAGUAUAUAGUUUAAUAGAGCUUGACGAGUUGGUUCUGAGUAUAGAAUGUUUAUUUCGAUGCGACCACAAUUUGACUGAGAAGAAAAACCAUGAAAACUCCAAUGACUGAAAAUGUCGAAUUGGCAAUUAUGAAUUCGCUUUCAUUUUAUAGAAAUCGUGAAAUUUCAAUUACGUUAUCUUUUCAAAUUUGAUGGAAACAUUUUAUUAUAACUAAACAUAAAAAACUAAGUAGAAAAGUGUUACUUGAUUAGGUUGAGAGAUAAUAAACUGUCUAGUUUUUUGUAACAAGACAGAAGCAAGUGUUUUGUUUCAUUCGAAUAUCGUUAGAUCGCGAACUACAGAAGCAUCUAUUUAGUUUCUUUAGAUUUUGUUUUAUUGUUGAGAAGAUUGAAUUUUUUUUCCAUUUGAUGACAAAGUUUCAGAAAAAUAAACCUGAAGAGGACCACAGAUGUAUUUUUCAUCGGAAAUUUUUUUUAUUAAAACAUAUAUGAUUCGAUGCAGUUUUUGACUCCAGUUCUGAAUAUGUUAUCUAUUUCGCUUUUUAACUAGAUCAUGACAAUUCAAAUAACUAAAUACAAAUACAUGUUUCAAAGCUUUUUAGUUAAUGUUGACAUCAAAUGGAAAAAAAAUUCAAUCUUCUCAACAAUAAAACAAAAUCUAAAGAAACUAAAUAGAUGCUUCUGUAGCUCGCGAUCUAACGAUAUUCGAAUGAAACAAAACACUUGCUUCUAUCUCUUGUUAUAACAAACUAGAUAGCUUAUUACCUCUAAACCUAACCAAAGAAUUUUUUUCUACUUAGUUUUUUAUGUUGAAUUAGCGUUAAAAUGUUUUCAUUAAAUUUGAAAAGAUAACGUAAUUGAAAUUUCACGAUUUCUGUAAAAAAAAUGAAACGAGUUCCUACUUGACAAUUCUACACUUUCAGCCAUUCGAAUUUUUUAUUCAGUUAAACAAUGGUCGAAUCGAAAUGAAAACUCUAUAUACGUGAUCAGCUCGUCAAUUCCUAUCAAACCAUAUAUAAAUGAAAGAGGAAAAAAAUUCAUUAGAAUUUUGCAUUAGCAGCACCUUAUUAUUUAUAAUUUCAUUAUGAAACAAAAUAAUUUUCUCUUUAUAAAUUAAGGUCCUUAUACAUAUCAACGACAAGGUCAUCCUUCAAAUCCAAGUGGACAGGAAGCUAAACCUAUUGGCUUAAUUCAUACAUUUUUUCGACCAAGUGAUGAUCUGCAAACAUUUCCUUAUCUUAUACCAUCACAAUUUUUUGCUCAUUAUACAUUAAAACUUUUAUUAGAACUUAUAAAAAAAUUAGAAUGGACAAAUGAUUUUAAUGAUGAUAUAUUAAAAUUAAUUUCUAAUUUACAUGAUAUUUUAUUUGAUGAUAAAAUAACAAACAAUGAAGAAACAUUAAUUACAUUUAAACAUUCGAAAUAUGAUUUAAUUUAUUCAUAUGAAAUAGAUGGAUUUGGUAAUAGAAAUUUAAUGGAUGAUUCAAAUAUUCCAUCACUUCUUUCAUUACCAUAUUUAUGUCCUGAUGAUAUUCCAAUUAAACAUUCAAUUUAUCAAAAUACACGAAAAUUUAUACUUAGUUCAGAUAAUCCAUGGUUUUUUAAAGGAAAUCUACUUGAAGGUAUUGGUGGACCACAUUGUGGAAAAUCAAUGGUAUGGCCACUUGCAAUUAUUAUGCGUGGUUUAACAACAACUGAUGAUGAUGAAAUUCGAUUUUGUUUAGAUAUGUUACAAAAGUCUCAUGGAAAUACAGGAUUUAUGCAUGAAUCAAUAAAUGUCAACAGUCCAAUGCAUUAUACACGUUCUUGGUUUGCUUGGGCAAAUAGUUUAUUUGGUGAAUUUAUUUGGAAAUUAUAUCGAGAAAAACCUUAUCUAUUAAAUUGA